GGUACUUCUCCAAGUCUCAGCAUCCUACAAUCGAAUGGUUUUAACGCUAGUAUUGAAAAUCCUGAUUUUGAAUCAGCGAUUAUUCCUUUGACUUCCAAAUGUCACAGAAUUGUAAGGAUGCUACCAUAACUUUGCCAAUCCGUACUUUGACAUCAGUUUCAGAUACACCAUAUUUAUGUAAAAAAGGCUCUCACCUUUUCGAGAGUCUCCCCACCAAGUGUGAUUUGUUUAAUGCUCGAUGUACUGUACUUCAAGAUUUUGCUUCUUCUGUUGUAAAUAUCCAUGACUAUUUUGAAGGAAGCCGCAGCUACAUAGGUUCGCUUCACCGACAAAUAUUUGUGUGUACGCAUGUAUUGGGGCUAAGAAGACCUCGAAUUCCAAAUCAUCUAACUGUGUUCAAGUUGCCUACCUACCUAUCACCCUCCUCGUAGAUCUCGGUG